UUUUACAAACCCGAAAAUUUACAAAACUUACGUCUAUUAACGAUAAUUUAGAUAAUUGUUUACGUGAUGAAACACAAACAUUUUUUAUGAUACCAAAGAAUAAAUAUUCAACAGAAAGUUUUGAUAAAUUGUUUAAAAAUUGCGAUAAUAUAACACAACUUGAGAAUUUAGUGAUUCGACUUUUUCAUAAAUAUCACAUUCCACAUCCACACACGAUUAGAGAAGCGUUUAAGGCAUGUUCAAGAUUAAUUCUUGACGAACAAAAUAAGAUUCCAUUAAAUGAUUUUUCGAUGAAUUCAGUAAGUGAAGAUAUGUCAAAAUAUUGGAUAGACGUACCAUCAAAGACACAUACAACAACGGAUGAUGUAAUAAGAGUUGCAAAUCAAAUUAUUGAAGGUUUGGAUCAGAAUUGUAAGACAGUUGAUGUUUAUAAUUCGUAUAUUUUGGUAUGUGGAAUAGCAAAAAGAACUGAUCUUGCAUUCGCUGCUUAUAAUGAGAUGUUAAAGACUUUCAUUAUAUUGGAUAUUAGAACUUAUAAAUCAUUGAUUUUUGCUUGUGCCAAUAAAUCAGAUUUGGAUCAAGCUUUUAACACAAUAGACUCUUCAAUAAAUUCAAUAUUUUUCUCUCUAAAAUCAAAAGUUUGGGUGAAAACAAUGAUACAUUUAGGAAUUGGUGCUCUCAUUGCCAAAUGGCUUAUAUUUAGCCUUGCAACAGUUGUACAGGAUAUUAAUACUUUAGCUGUGACUGGAAUCGGAUUAAGCGCUUUCUUGAGUAUGAGGUAUGCAAUGCAUAAUAUAUUUAAAGAUACUACAAAUUCAGAAAUUGAUGACCAUGAUUUUGACAUAUCUUCUGACUUAAAAUUGGGUAAAAUGAGACCAAGGGAAAUUCGAAAGCAUAUGUAUAUUUACUUGAUGAGUUGUUUGUUAAGAAAUGAGAAAUUUAAUGAGGCUUUAGUUGUUCUUCAUCAAAUGGCUAAUAAUGAAAUUCCUUUAGAUAUAAUAUCGUUUAAUAAAAUAAUUGUUAAUUUAUGUCGUGCACGAAAUUCUUCUGUUGCUCUUGAAACUGUUAUUAAAUUUCAAGAACAUGGUUUUCGACCAACUAAACAAACAUUUCAACCGAUCAUUCAUUCUUUUAUUUUUAUGAACCAUGGUUGUGAUGAAGGGAUGAGAGAAUCACUUUGUAAUUUAAUGAAUGAUAAUAAUGUUUCUUUUCCAAACCUUAAUGUAUUAUAAUUUUUACAAUUUUGUAAUAAGUAAUAUAAUUUUCACUAUAGAGUCAGCGGUUACUUUUUUAUGUCAUCAGAAAUCUUAAAUUUAGUAUAUUUUAUAUUUAAAC